AGCUUUUCAAGGACGUAGUUGUCCGGUGCACAUGUGAAUAUUUUCAAGCAUGGAUCCCAAGAAAUUGAAAGAUUUACUUGCCCAAGGUGGUAAAAAGGGUGGAAGGUUAGGUAUGGGGUUAGUGGCAUUAGCUGGAGCUGCAGUAGGAAUCCAACAGUCAUUUUAUACAGUUGAUGGUGGUCAUCGGUCUAUAAUUUUCAGUCGAAUUGGUGGUGUCCAAAAGCAGGUCCUAGCUGAAGGUCUUCAUUUCAGAGUGCCAUGGUUUCAGUACCCUAUAAUUUAUGACAUUAGGGCCAGACCAAGAAAGAUCACCUCACCAACUGGAAGCAAAGAUCUUCAAAUGGUGAAUAUAUCUUUACGAGUGUUGGCGCGUCCAGAUCAAACAUUUCUCCCCCAGAUUUAUCGACAAAUAGGUACAGACUAUGAUGAGAGAGUACUGCCCUCUAUCUGUAAUGAGGUUUUAAAGUCUGUUGUUGCCAAAUUCAAUGCCUCCCAACUAAUUACACAACGUCAGCAAGUGAGUAUGUUGAUCAGGAGGGAACUGACAGAGAGGGCCCAGGAUUUCCACAUCAUUCUGGACGAUGUGUCCAUUACAGAACUCAGCUUCGGAAAAGAGUAUACAGCUGCUGUUGAGGCCAAACAAGUUGCCCAACAAGAAGCACAGAGAGCCCAGUUCUAUGUGGAGAGAGCCAAACAGGAGAAACAACAGAAGAUAGUCCAAGCUGAUGGAGAGGCGCAGGCUGCUAAACUCAUUGGAGAGGCUAUUCAACAAAAUCCUGGAUUUUUGAAGUUGAGAAAAAUUCAAGCAGCCCAGAAGAUUGCUAAAACUUUGGCUACUUCUCAAAACCGUGUCUACUUGCAAUCUGGCAAUUUGAUGCUGAAUAUUACAGAUAAAGACUUUGAUUCAAACCUAGAGAAUCUGAAGAAGCGAUAAUCAGGAUCACAGGAACAAAAACUAAUAAUGUUGCAUACAUUAUGAAUAACAUUUUAUCGUGAUGAGUUGUGAAACAUAUGGUGAAUUAUGUUUGUAAUGACUAGAUCAUACAUUUUAUGUAUGUGGAUAGAGAGAUUGACUUUGUGUGAAAAAAGAAAAAACUUCAUAUAUCUUAAGUGAAAACUUGUAAUCACAUUAAAAACUUACACAAAAUUUUA